UCUUUGUGUAUACUAUUCGUGGAGAUUAUAUUUGUCGAGUUUCUUCGCUGGUGUGGUGUCGCGUUGGAUCAAAAGGCCUGUCUUCUGGCAGGUUGUUCUCCUCCAGUAUUGAUGGCUCAGUCUCGGAAUGGGAUCUUUUUGACUUGAAGCAGAAGAUUGUGCUAGAGUCAAUUUGGGUUUCCAUAUGGCAGAUGGCUGUGGCACCUAUUAGUAAACUGCCAACUCAUGAAGAGACUAGGUCUCACAAUUUUGGAAAUGGUGAUUUGAACAACAAAUGUGAAUGUAAUGAUACUGAUGAUGAUGAAAACUGUGAAAGUGAAGAUGUUUCAGAGUCAGAAGAAGCUCAUCAUAAACUAGUUAUGGAAGAUAGACGUGUAGCAAUUGCUUGUGAUGAUGGAGCUGUGAGGAUUUACACUAUUUCUGAUAUGGAUAAGUUAAUCUACCUUAAAUCAUUGCCCCGGGUUAGUGGACGUGCACUAAGUGUGACCUGGAAUCAUGAUUCAAAUAGAAUAUAUUCAGGGAGUAGUGAUGGGUUUAUUAGAUGCUGGAAUGCUGAUUUGGGUCAUGAAAUUUUCAGAAGUGUUGUUGCUCUUGGAGGUUUGGGCAGUGGGCCUGAGUUUUGCAUAUGGUCAUUACUUUCUUUGAGGUGUGGAACUGUUUAGUGCAAACAGCACUGGAUCUUUUCAGUUCUGGAAUGGUGAUAAUGGGACUCUUCUCCAGGCACACUCUAACCACAAAGGUGAUGUAAAUGCCUUGGGAGUAGCUCCAAGCCUGAACAAGGUGUUCUCUGUUGGGUCUGAUGGACAGGUUAUUCUUUAUAAGUUUUCCAGUGAGAUGCUUCAGUCUGAUAAUGACAAAUCAUCUCCUGAAAUUUUUAAGAAAUGGGUAUUUGUCAGUUCUGUAAG